AUGUUCUGUAAGCUGAAGGAACAGAAGGAUUUGGAACGUAGAACAAAUGCUGCAAUUGUCAUUCAAAGUGUCCUCAGAGGGUAUAUGGCACGAUGUGCGUUCCAAAAGCUGGUGGCGGAAAAGGAAUUGGAGCGGAAAACACGAGCAGUUAUUGUGAUACAGAGUGUUGUGCGAGGUUGGCUGGCACGUCGUGCUUAUCGAGAAAUGAAGAAACAAAAAGAAUUGGAGAGAAGUACAGCAGCUGUAAUAGUAAUCCAAAGUUUCGUACGAGGGUAUUGGGCACGAUGUGAGGCCAGAAAGCUGAAAAUUGAGCGAGAAGUGGAACAAACGACAAACGCUGUGAUUGCAAUACAAAGUUUUGCAAGAGGUUAUUUCGCCCGACGUAUGUUCAGUAAGCUGAAGAAACAGAAGGAUUUGGAACGUCAAACAAAAGCUGCAGUUGUCAUUCAAAGUUUUGUUCGUGGAUGCAUGGCAAGACGUGCCUUCAGAGAGCUGGAAGCGAAACUAGCAUUAGAAAGGAGAACGAGAGCCGUACUUGUAAUACAGAGUUUCAUCAGAGGUUGUAUGGCAAGAAAUGACUUCAAAGAAUUGAAAACACGCAAGGACUUGGAACGUCAACUGAAAGCUGUGAUUGCAAUUCAGAGUGUUGCAAGGGGCUAUCUGGCUCGUCGUUCGUUCCAGUUACUGAAAGAAGAGUGCGAAAAAAAGCGAAGGGCAGCAACCGUAAUACAGAGUUAUAUGAGAGGUUGGGUGGCGCGUUGUGCCUACCAAAAGAUGAAAGCACAAAGGGAUUGGGAACGCAAAACUGAAGCAGUGAUUGCGAUACAGUCCUAUGUGAGGCGUUUCCUGGCCAAAUGCGUAUAUUGUCGUAUGAAGGCGGAGCAUUUGAAAGAAUUGGAGCGGCGGCGACAUCAUGCAGCUAUUGUUAUUCAGAGUGUUGUAAGAAGAUACUUGGCUGAAUGUCAGUUGGAUCGCCUGAGAAUCGAAUGGAAACAGCAGUGUCGUGAAAAGGCUGCCGUCGUUAUACAGUGUAAUGUCCGUCGAUACAUUUGUCGUAAACGUUACUUGCAAUGGAAGAUGCAAAAAGAAAUCGAAAAGUCUAAGCAAAAUGAAGCUGCUGUUAUCAUUCAGGUUUUUUUUAAUUUCUUCUUCAAAAACUUGUUUAAAUAA